CUUCACUCAGCUCAAUGGCGGAACGUUCCGAAGAUGACGUCACGGCGCCUCGAAUCCCGUGUCGCUCCGCUUCCGAAGGAAAGGAAAAGCAACAAGAAGGAAGAGCAAUGGCGACACUGGAUCGCAAAGUGCCCAGUCCGGAGGCGUUUCUGGGCAAACCGUGGUCCUCUUGGAUCGACGCCGCCAAAUUACACUGCUCUGACAAUGGAGAUCUAGAAGAAACUGGUAAAGAAGGUGGAAAAAGCAGGGAGGUUAUGAGGCUUAAUAAGGAAGAUAUGCACUUAUUUGGUCACUAUCCAGGUCAUGACGACUUCUAUUUGGUGGUGUGUAAUGUCUGCAAUCAGGUAGUCAAGCCACAAGUUUUCCAGUCACAUUGUGAAAGAAGACACGGUUCAAUGUGCAAACCUUCUCCAUCACCAGCUUCUUCUCCCUCUAACAUCAAACCAUCACAUGUACAGAUGAAACCGAAACCUUGUAUGAGCAGCCAUAACCCUGUCAACAGCAACUCAAAGCCAUUCAAAGCGCCCAGAGACAAUCUACUUACCUCCAACAACAAACAGCACACAGCAUUUUCCUCUAAAGUGUCAAGAGACAAACCAUGUGUCCCAGUUCCAGUAGUCAGCCUCGAAAAAAUCCCAAACCUCGUGAAAGCAGAUGGUGCCAAUGUUAAAAUGAACUCUGUCACCAACUCCUCCACUACAGCAGCCUCUUCUGCUUCCUCUUUACCCAAGCAGCCGGCAGUACCAAAAACAGUGCCACAGUCACCAGAGAAAAUAUUGAAUGGGAAGGGGAUUGGCACUUUAGAAAGGAAGCACCAAAAUGGCACCAAAACCAGCAACAAGCCUUACAAAAGACUUUCAGAAAGGGAAUUUGACCCAAAUAAACACUGCGGUGUAUUGGAUCCUGAGACCAAGAAACCAUGUACAAGAUCACUUACAUGCAAGACACAUUCACUUAACCACCGGCGAGCAGUACCAGGUCGGAAAAAACAGUUUGACAUUCUCCUAGCUGAGCACAAAGCUCGGUCGAGAGAAAAAGAAGUAACGAAAGACAAAGAACAUGCCCCAUCCUCACGAGAAACCCAUCAGAGCCAACCCACACCAGCACAAGAACAGUCAUCAGGAGUAGCUCUAAACUCUGUUCCGGAACCAAAAGUAACAUCACCUGCAAAAUCCAGGCCUCAGAAUUCUGCCCUACCUAGACCAACAUCUGCAAAUAGCAUCAACAGUGCAAGUUCAUCAAACCACAGUGCUUUUGUUCCAGAGCCCCCUGUCAGUUCUGUUGGGGGAGAUCUGGCCAGCCGCCUUUCCAGUGAUGAAGGGGAAGUUGAAGGUGUUGAAGAGACAGAGAAACUUGACUGUUUCUAUUCUGGACAUCAUCCUAAACCUCUAGCGUUUUGCUCAUUUGGCAGUCGGUUAAUGGGGCGAGGGUACUAUGUGUUUGAUAGACGAUGGGACCGUUUCCGUUUCGCAUUAAAUUCCAUGGUGGAGAAACACUUGAAUUCACAGAUGUGGAAAAAAAUUCCUCCAGCCGCGGAUAGUCCAAUGCCUUCUCCAGUAACACAUGUCAGCAGUUCUUUCCCUGCAUCUGUCCUUCAACCUUUCAGCAACCCAAAUUCAGUAUACCUUUCCUCCCCUGGAACCAAUUCAAGAACCACUUCCUCAUACAUGGUAACUUCUGGCAUGUUAACUAACAUGGCAGCUGACACAAACUCAUUAACAUCGCACCCCAAUGCUUUUUCACAUGCAACAGGCACUCUAAAUAUUGUGGACUCUACUUUUAAAUCACCUUCAGCUGUUUCCCCUGUGCCAACCCUCACACCUUCACCAUCUCAAAAGCCUUCAAAAACAAAGCCUAGCAAGUCAUCAAAAAUCAAAGAUUUGUCUUCACGGAGCGAAGAGCUUUCAGGUAACAGAAAGAAAAAGCCUCAGACAACUUCCUCCUCCACCUCCUCUUCGUUACCAUUACAGACGUCGUCCACGUCUUCGUUUUCAGGGUCCCAUAAGAAAAACUGCGUGUUAAACUCUAACUCGGGGUUGAACUCCUAUCAGGCAACUUCUUCCUAUAACAGUGUCUCUGUACACAAUGCAAACAAUGGAACAAGCCCACUCAGUGCCAAAUUGGAACCCCCAGGCAGGACUUCUUUAUCUGGUGGCCCGGCAGACUCUAUAAAACAUAUGAGUAUGGUUGUUAGCAGUAUUGACUCAAGCCUGUCAGUGUCUUCCCUUGUGCACCACCCAGGGGAACACACACUGGCAGCACACAAUGCCGUGUCCUCAAUGCCACUUACAUUUGAUAAAUCAGAGGGCAAAAAACGUAAAAACUCUAGUGCAAGCAGCAAGGCCUGCAAAAUCACUAAAAUGCCUGGUAUGAACAGUGUUCACAAAAAGAGCACCGCCAACCUUAUAUCUUCUGUGCCAGAUACCCAAAACAGCUCUCUCAGUCGACAGAUGGGGAAAAGUAGCAGCAUAGCUUUGUCACAAUCUACUUCUUCGAGUACAUCAAGCCCUGCACAUAACAAGCAAAAGACAUCAAAUCGCACUGGCAGGAUACGAACGGUUCCAUGACAGUGGGAGAAUACCAGCAGAUCACCUUUAGAUCUCAGCAGCUGUACUCCACAAGCUCUUCUUUCGCUCCGUGCAGGGACAAUGUCGCCUUUUGUCAUUAUGUGGUGGAGACACAUUAUUCUAAAGUUUACAGAACCAAACUGGGUGUUGUUGCUUUGCCACCUUUGGUUACCACUGGUUGGUGUAUUCAUUUUUCUCUAUAGAAUUCCUGCUUCAGGGCCUUAAAGGUGAAUAUGAAAAAAACUGCAGCUACCAGCAUGCAUUAAUAUUUUACUUUAUAUAGGGGAUGCUGGAAGUUGUAAUGUAGCAGCAACAGGGUCAUGCAAAAAUGCAUUAAGAAGGCCUUCUCUUUUGAAGUAGUUUCAUUAGAUUCAGCUUUUCUUUUGCUUAAAAACUAAUGGCUAAAUGGCCACAAGGAAGUCUAGCCAAUUAGACAUGAGUCAUAUUGUGUUGAUAUCUUGCUCAUAUAUUAUAGCAAUGGCUGAAAAUUGUAAGGUUUAGAGGCCCAUAUUUGCAGUUGCACAAGCCAUGUUUUGAUCCCAGUAGAUCAGAGAUUUAUGGGCUUUUUGGCUUCAAGCCUCCCCCCUUCACAUUUGUUUAUUAUCUGUUAGCACAUGCUAAGGUUGUAGAUGUGCAACUUAUUAUUAGCAGUAUCUCUGCUAUCAUAUUCUACAAUAGGAAAUCGGCAAUCGCCUCAAGUAUUUGACUGACAUUCAGUCCACCAUCCACUGCACUAUAACUUACCGUUCCCUUUCAAAGCUAGCUGACCCCUGGUAUGGAUACGCUCAUCAGACAUUUCUGAUCAAGACAGUGCAUUUCAAAUGUUGAAACUGGUGUGCCUUUUAAUCUGCUUCAAUUUCAUGAAUUACUUCUUUUUAAAAAAUAUUACUACCUUGUGAACAAACAAUAUCCAAGUAGCGCAUUAUGAACAGUAUCAGGAAGUAUGCCUGCUUUUCCUAGUACUCUCUCUUUUAAUACAUCUGUUUCUGUUGAACCAUGUAAUCUUAUGAAUUAGACCUCAUAUAUAUCUUUGGGGUAGGCUUGCAUCCAGUUGUAGUUGGAACAUGAUUUAUAUUUAAAUCAGCACUACAAAGUUUAGCCAGUUUUCUCUUGAUUGGUCUUGAGGGUGCAUCUUAAAAUCUGCAUACAAAAGUGCAAUUUCUCUGUCCAACCUCAAUAUUAUUCCUCUUUACUUUAAUAUAAUCAGAUCUACAGACUGUUACUGUUAUAAGAACAGCCAUGUUAACUAAAACAUACCGGAGCGAACUCUCAAAAUUUGAUUAAUCCUUCAGUUUGAUCUUGCCCUGAAUAAAAGGAAUGUGCAGCAGCAUUAAGAGCUGAGGUGUAAGGUAUGCUUCAAAAUGUGGCUUUAAACAGCUGCUGGCUGAUAUGCUUGGGUCACACAGUGGUUUCAGAAAUGGGCAAACAAAAUUUCAACCUGAUUUCCAUUGAGUGACCAGGACAGCCAGGAUAUCACUGCUGGUUUACUGUUAGUCUCUGACAGAAUACAAGGAAACAACCUUGCUGCCUAUGUGAUCUUUGGCAAGCAAUGCAGAUGGGGCAUUAAUUAGAACAAGUUUUUUUAUCUGAUUGCUCUAAUUUAAAGUUUUGUUAAAGUUGUCCAUAAUCUGGCCUUUGCCUUAUGGUGACAGCCCAAGAUAAUAGCACCUCAACCCUCAAAUGGGUUUCCAUCAGUGACCAAAUCAGGUAACUCACAUACCAAUAAUAAUAUCUUAUACAGCAGCCUACUCCCACAGAGCAAAGAACAGCAUGCAGGUUUUUGGAAGGCUUUUUUUUCUUUCACCUUUAAUGCUGCAGUUUCCCAAGGACAGCUAGAGAGCUACUGAAUUAAUUUAAAGAUAUACUAAUGUUUUAAGAAUCAGGAAAAUAAAAUGUUAGUUGAGCUUGUAUUUUGGGACAAUGUGUGUGUGUGUGUAUGUAUACGUCUGCCUUUACAAAUGGGAAAAACAAUUAUUAUCAAUCAAAGUACAUUCAUUCUUACAUGCUAAAAAGUGGUUCUACUUCUACAUAACAGCUCCAAACUUUUCUACUAUAUGUUAUAAAAAAUAAUAUACUAUAUGGUAUAAAAAUAAUUCUGGGCAGAAUUCAGAGUUUCAAAGACACUUCUUAUUCAGAUCUGCUUAUGUUUAAACUUGAAAUGCUCCAGGCCUAUGACAGUCAUUUGCUUAUAUACUCAUUACAGCAUGUAAGAGUAAAUGCACUAGAGGGGUUGACUCCUUGAAAUAGCAGGCUGAAACAUUGUAUGAUAUAUAUCACUGAUACCUAUUGCCUAUUUGGUAGUGAAGAGGUUAAAGCAGAUAUUUCCCCUGUUGCCCAACCCCCCACAUUUAAUUUUGGUUUCCUCACUUUACCUUGAUUCUGUCUGGGUAAAAAAUACUUCACAUUUUUAAGUUCAUUUCUAAGAAUUAACAGGCUAGAAAUGAUGACUUUUUUUUUCAUUAGUGUCUGCCAUAUCAUCCCCAUAUGAUUAUUUGUAUGGUAAUAUAUGAAACCAGAAGUACAAGGGUUGAGUGAAGCAGGAAAAUGGGCAAUUGUCUAUCUUUAGUGAGGGGGUGGGGUGCAUCAGUAUACAUCUUUCUUGCCUUUGGGGGCUGCUGUUUCACCUUUCAACUAACAGCAGAGUACUAGACUGGGGACACAGGGUACCCACAAGACCUGGCAUAAUGUUGCCUAUUAGAAAGUUGGUAAGAAAAGCUGCUUUAAUACCUCUUUACUGCCAGAGGCAGCUAUCUCACCAUGAAGCGUGAAACCUCAGGUGUGUGUGUGGAUUGAUAGAAUUGCACUGUUCCUUUUUAGGAUACAACUCUGUUCAGUGUUUAGGUUUUAGCUUACACAAAAGUUUCCACAACAUCAGCCCCAAUCCAACAUGUUUCUGUUUCUACAGUGUUAAAAGUGCACUUAAUACGCUGGCAUGGAAAGAUACAUGCUCCUCUUUCUUUACUGCUUUCUACAUACAGUACCAAUAAUGUGCAAAAGCAAUUACAAAACAGAGCUAAGAUCGUUCAGGGGAAAAUAUUAAGGCAGGACUGUCACUCGCACCCUCCAGUUGUUUUCAAGAACAACAUUCUGCACCUUCCGGUGAUGCUGGAAAUUGUAGUUUGCAACAUGAGCUGGACCAAGAGUUUGACAUCCCUGCAUUAAGUAUACUAAGGACUCUUUUGUUUGGUGUUCAUUUUGUAAUAAUUUAUGUUUUACUAUAUUACUGAGAUAAUUGACUGGGCUAGUUUCUGAAACGUAAUGAAACUAAACUCAAAGCAAUGUUUAUAUUUUCUUUAAUAUUCUUUGAAUUAUGUUGUAUAUUUCUUCAGAUGGAAAUAAUCUGUACAUAUCUUGGUUAUUUUUGCACAGUUUUAUUUUUUUGUUGUUUUUUUUAAGAGGUUUAGGAUGUUAAGUAUGUUAAUUUUCCUAUUUAUUUAUUUACAUUUUUUGUUUGUUUUCUCGGAGGAUGUUUUGAAACUUGUUGAAAUAAUGAAAAUCUUGCCACUUCCCUUGCUGCUCUACAUUCCUUCCUCUGAAAUGUCCCAUUCUUCCUUAACCAUAACAGUGAUUGUUUCUGUUCUAAAAUUAGCUUACAGUAUAGGGAAAGAAUUAAGUCUCUCAGGCUAGCCACCUACUUGAGAAAGCUUGAUAUUUCCAUUAAUAUGGAUGCCUAAAUGAUUUCACAUUGCAUGACCUAUAACCAGGUUUGUGCAAAAUUUUCCCCAAAGCCCCUGCUUGGCCUGCUGUGUAGUUGGUGUGCCACAUCUGACCUUUCCUUCCAUUUUCCAGUCCCCUGAAGAGCAUUUGACACUACUGUGCAUUAAAGAGCCAUUGUGCAGAGUGCCUUGGUGUUGUGUACAGACUUUCCCUGUACAUUCGCAAUCCCAAAUGUUUGAUUUGAUGGAGUAUAUAUGUGGUAUUUCCCUCUUGAAUGCUCCAUAGUAAAAAUGGAGCCUACACAAUUGCAUCUACAUGAUGCUGUUUAAGUGUCAUGUUUGUAUUCCCCAGGUAGUCUAAAGUAGGAACCUAAACUUCUAUUUGGGAAGAGUGUGUGCACUCAUAUAAAGUCCUUUCUCACACAGAUCCAUCAGGGUAGUCAGAGCAAGCGUUGCUUAAACGUUUUACAAUGUAGUCAGUUGAAUGUGAAUUUCCAUGCAUUAGAGGCUCAUUUUCUGACUCAUACCCACUGCGCAAAGGCCUGUUAGCCAUAAAAUGCGAAAUGGAGAACUUGUUUGCCUUCUUUUGUAUUAAAGUAACAGUGUACAUAGUACCAACUGAUCUUUGUAGAGAAAAAUAGUUUAUACAGCAGAAUCUAUUAUUGCUGGAUGCUCAGCAAACACUUUGAAGAUGAAAUAAGAAGAAAAACUAUGGGGUUUUUUUUAUUUGUUUUAUAUCUACAUGUUAUAUUUUGGUAUUCUGUUUCACCCUGGGCACUUUAAUGUAAAACAUUAGCUAAGGAGUACUGGGUAAAUAACUGCUGUUGCACAGAUAAUGUGUGGUUUCCUACUAUUAGUAAGUACUUGUUCUGAAGAUUAUGCCCAACUCAUUCUGAAACAAGAAAUCAUCCUUGAUUGUAGGUUAUUUUAUUUUCAAGUCCUCACUUUGGAACAACAAAGUAUUCCCUGUUUUUCCUGCACUUUUAUGUAUUCGCUGUAUCCAAUAUAAUUUAUUUCAUGCUGAGGUGCAAGGUGAGCAGGGCUUUUGUGAGGGGACCUGAGCAGUUUUUCCUUUUUCCAAAUACUGUUUGUAAGGGGUGAAUGGCAAUUCUUCUGGUCCCCAUGAUAGCAUUGGUGCAGAGUUUGGUUCAGUGCAAAAACAGGCCAGAAUGUGUUUUAAAUCAGUACUCAAAACUCUCCACUGGUCUCUAUAGCAACAAAAGAGUUACAAUAUACUAAGUAGGAAUUUAGGGCUGCCCUAAAUAAAGGUGUUUAUUUUCCUUCAAAGCCCCAGUCCCACUUAGCAAUUUAGAAACAAAUAAAUAUUUCAUAUUUGAAUUACAUUUUUUUUAGUAGAGUUUCCUCAACAAUGAAAGGGUUGGUUUAUUUCAAGUAGUUAGUAAGUAAAUUUACUUUACAAGUAGUGAAUAAAUGUAUUAAACUGUAGUAAUUCCAUUUGUCUGGAAAUCAGGGCAAAAAUAUGUAAAAUGCAGAAUGAAAGUAUUUCAUUAGGCAAUUUAAUUUAUUGUACUUGAAUUGUCCUCAAUAAUGUGUAAUAAAGUCAAUGAUUCUACACUGAUAUAUUCUAAAAAAAAAAUAACUGAAAAAAAAAAUAUAUUUUAAAAAAAUGCUUUUGAAAAUGGACUGUUAAGCUGGACUGGAGCUGUAACUAAAUAAAAUGUGCAACACUGGGGUAUUUUAUCAGUGGAGCAAACUGUAAAAUAAAACCCUCCCAAUAUGUUUAAAGUAGGUGUAAAUAGCAAAUUUUAUGACAUACGGUUUCAGAUAAGAAAAACAAAUAGUAAGAAAUAAAAACUGAACAAAUGUAUCUGAUUGAUACUGCCAUGGUCUCGUGCCUGGCCUGGAGAUAUUUUCCAGUGAGGGAUGUAUUGUUAAUUGUCUUACAUUUAUUUUAUUUUAUUUUUUUCUUUUACUUUUUGUAACAUGGCUUUGUAAAUAAAAUAAUUUAUAUGUUUGUAAGAAAAAAA